UGCGGUGUGCCGUAAGAAGAAAGCUGAUACAAUUAGUAGAAAUGCGGUGAAUCAUCACUUCUAGGAAAAGCCAGCAAUUCAAAUUUGUGCAAUCUAUCACAAUCUGUGCAUAGCAGCAGAGCAAAAAGGUGGCAAAAUGCAACGAAAAACGGCCAGAACCGUCAAGGCUAACAACAAGCAAAUUAACGCACAAAUCAACGGUGAAACCGAACCGGAUGGAGCGGAUAUUGGCGCGAAACUGCUGAAAGGUAAAAGUUUGGAUCUCAAGGAAGUUACUCAUCUGGGCAAAUGUCACGCCAAGAACUAUGGCUACGACACGAACUGGGUUAUCGUUUGUCAAAGCGCAGAAUUGGCUGUACGUUUGGCGGAACAUCGAGACUCUGCCGGGGGUAACUCCUAUGUGGAACCAUUGUUCGUGAUCUGCGACGACGGUAGUGAGCACACUUUGGCUGUGUUUUGUGUUGUACGGCAGGGCGAUAAAAGCAUUUGUUUGUACAGUGACUUCCGGCAUACGGAAGUUCCGCCCGAAAUUCACAAAAUUUUGCAGGACAAUUUUGGUGCUGAGGUAGAGGUUAAAGUUCACGCUAAAACGGAAGCGAUUAGCAAGCGUGAUGAUUGGAUUGCGAUCGCACUGAAAACGCUGGAAACAAUGAUGGUAAACCUGAAACCGGACAAACGGGAUGAUUUCAUCAAGAACUAUACCAAUCAAAGGAAGUCCUACUUUGGGUGGCUUUCGAAGGAAAAGAUCGCACGUCUGAAAGACGAAAUGCUUCAUCUGGUCAAGGAAGGAUACUACAAAACGUUUGCCAGCGAUAUCGAGCAGCUGGCCAGAGAUGCUGGCUUUAAGAGGGAGAUUGGAAAAUUCAUCAACAGUAUUCCACUUCUGGAUGAGAUAGAACACUUUCAAGAGUAUCAGAAUUUGUUGAAAAAGGUAGCCGAAAUGGACCAGAGUGGGGAUGAUACAAUCGUUGCUGAGAUGAUUCCGAAAAUUGAGGCAGCAAGGAAGCGUGUACUCGAGGGAACUGAAACGUUAAAUGGGCUGCAAAGAAAGCGCAAUGAUAAGGGUGAACAGCAGUUCGAUAUCGAGAAAAAUUUCCCCACACAAAUGCAGAUGUUUACGAAGAUAUUCGAGCCGUUGAGCAAAUCCAGCGUCGAUGAUAAGUUGGAAGCCGUACUGGAGGAGGUCUGCGGUAAGCUAGAGUUGCCUUACGAUAAAGUUCGUAGCUUCUUUAAGACUAAAGAGCCAGUCAAGACGGAAGAUGUUACCGGAGGUGUUCUUCAACCGUUUGAGGAUGUGUUGUGUGAAUUGGCGAAAAAGAAAUUUAAAAGUUCAACAGCCGUUGAUGAUGAAACUAGACCUUUACAAAUAUUAUUGGACGAAAUAAUUACGGAGGACUCUUCUGUAGUGCAAUCGAUGGAGGAAGGAUAUCGAAAGGUAAUGAAGUCUUCCAAACUAUGGAAAACUAAAGAAGCGAUGGACGUUAACCGUUGGGCUGCUUCCAAGAAAGGUAAUUUAAUUGAUUCCGAACUGUGCGAAGCGAUUGCUGUAAUGGAUAGAGCAAAUGAACUGGUCACCGGAGGUCAUAAAUUACGACACACGCAGAUUUUGUCGAUCCUAGCUUUUUUACAGCAAUCAAAGGAUAAGGGUCAACUCUGUCAGAUACAAACUGGAGAGGGAAAAACCACCAUCGUAUCGGUGCUGGCGGCAAUUAAGGUUCUGCUGGGGGAAAAGGUGGACGUUGUGACCAGCAAUCCUGUACUGGCUUCGGAUGGCGUUCGAGACCGUCGGCUUUUUUAUCGUCUAUUGAAUCUGUGCGUUGAUACGAACAAUGCCGAUGAGAACUACAAACAUGGCAAGCGGGUUUGCUACGAAGCGGACAUCGUCUACGGAAGCAUCGGAAAUUUUCAGUUCGAUUUUCUGAGAGACUCGUUUCUUGGGCUUGGAACACGCGCCGGAAGGCCGUUCGAAAAUAUUAUACUGGACGAAGUGGACUCGAUGAUAAUAGAUAACGCAAGCCACAUUGCAAAGCUCAGCGGUUCGCUGCCGGGAAUGGAAAAUCUGAAAUAUGUCUACAUUAAACUGUGGAUUGAGUUGCACAAAGCGGAAGAAAAAGUCACCGAACAAUUUCAGCAACAACUUAAGGAAAAAGCUACAGAAUUGGAAACUAUGAAAAUUGACGAGCAGGAAGCACAGGAAAUUUACGACGAUUUUGCCCAAAGUUUGGAAGGCUCGGUAAUGCCGAGAAUUAGAGAACUGAUAAAGUUGUCAAAACCAACGGAAAUAGAGAUAAUUCCGUCGCACAUCCGAGACUACGCCAACCGUUCGCUGGAUCGGUGGAUCGAUAGUGCGAUUAACGCGAAAUACAGCUACUCGGUGGACGAACAGUACGUGAUCCGAGCGGACAGCAAAACGGGGGAAGCGGUCAUUCAACCGGUUGAUUACGCCAACACUGGGAUAACGAUGAAAAAUACCAUUUGGCAGUACGGUUUGCAUCAGUUUCUUCAACUGAAACAUAACCUCCACCUGACGGCUGAAAGCCUGACCAGCUGCUUCAUUUCCAAUCUGGGUUAUAUUAACAAAUAUGGCAGCAGGAUAUUUGGUCUUACCGGAACGCUAGGCUCGGAGGCGGAACAGCAGCUGCUGGCUUCGAUCUACAACGUAGGGUUUGCACGGAUUCCAACCUACAAGGAGAAAAAGUUUCUCGAAUUGGGAGGCGAAGUGGUGGACGAUGAGAUUUUCGCUGAAUACAUUGCUGACGAUACCCUGGAGGAGUUGAAGUUGGGUCGAUCCGUCCUGAUAAUCUGUGAAACGAUCAAAGAUGCCAAAAGCGUGCGGGAAGAGUUAAGGGAACUUCUUGCUAGCGGGGGUAAGUUUGCCAUUCGAACGUUUUUCGACGAAGAAAAUGCCCGCAUAACUGAGAAGGAAAUUCACCCGGGCGAGGUGGUCAUAGCAACCAACAUAGCAGGCAGGGGAACCGACUUUCGCACCUCUCCGGAGCUGGAGCAGAACGGCGGGCUGCACGUUUGCGUGGCCUUUCUGCCGGCUAACAAGCGCGUAGAGGAUCAAGCGUUCGGAAGGACAGCGCGGCAGGGUAAUGAUGGAACUGGGAAAUUGAUAGUUAAGCAAAGUGAAGUCGAUAAGCUGGGUGUAGAUUGCAAUCGGAUGUUGCAAAUUAAACGCGCUAGGGAUGCGAAGGAAAGAGAGAGAGUACAGCAGAUUGGUGAGGUUAAGGUUAGGGAGCUGAAUUUUCAGGACACUAUUUUUGAACAAUUUUCCAUCCUGUACCGGCGGCUGAAAGCGAACGAUCAAGGGGAGGGUGACUAUCAAUACGUUCUGGACGAUUUGAAGGAAUACUGGGCUUUCUGGCUCGAGAGCAAUGACUUUCAGGGAUCGCCCGAUCUGGCCGAAAAGCAGCCGAAAGCCGAAUUCGACCGGUUUAGGACGGAAGCACAGGAAAUAAUCGUCGGAGGUUCGAUUCGAUUCAAUCCGUUCUAUAGCAUUCAACAGGCGGAGCACCUAAUCGUGAAUGACCGGCUGGAGGAAGCGGAAAAGUCGCUAAAGCAUGCGCUCGCUAUCAGCAAGAGUCCGGAAAUUCUUCACAGUGCCUACAUCAAACUGUUUGAAAUAUCGAUCGAAAAGGGUCAAGUUCUGAUGGAUAAGUUUAGGAAAGCGGUUGGCGACGUUUUCUUCGUACCAAUGAUUGAACCAGAUCGAGAAUAUCGAGAUAAAGCCAAAAAAUGGUUAGAGAAAGCGUUGGAAGCACUCAAGAAGGAGCACGACUAUAUUGAGCAGAUGUUUAAAGCGGACGAAAUUUCCAAAAUCGUAGAAAAAGCUGAAAAUUCUUCAUCGGAAAAUUUGUUCAUCAAACAUUUGGUUUCCAAACAGCAAACCCUUGGGUUCGGCGUGAGCCACGCCGAGAGUUUGCUGAAACAGAUCGACCAGCAUCCAGCGGGCAUUUGCAUGCAAAGCCGCAUAUCGGACUAUUUCCUUAACCUCAAACCGCACGAUGAAAACGAGAAGAAAAUCAAACAAUCGAUUACCAAUUCCGAACUGUUGGAACUGAGCCAGGUGUCCGCCAACACGACGUAUUCCAUCCGAGAGGUACACGACGUAAGUCCGCAGAUUGUCCGCGCAGCGCAGAUUCAAAUCGGCGGAGGGUUGGCGCUGAUCGCAAGCGGCGUUCUGUUUCCACCGGCACUGCCGGUUACGUGUUCCAUUGGCGGAACGAUGAUUACCGAGGGUCUGUGCGACAUUGCCAUCGAACUAAUCAACAAAUUCAGUAACGGCACAUUCAACACAGCCGCCUACAUUAAGGGAAAGGUAAUCAGCUACGGCAUUUCGCUGCUAACGAUGGGCAUCAAUGCGGCACUGCAGUGUCCGAAGAUUCUGAAUGCUGCCAAGAAGGCCUGCCGCUGGAUAUCGGAAACGCUGCGACGGUGUCCGUUCUUCUGCGGGGCGUGCGAAUUUCUAGCCACCAAAUUCGACAAACUGGCCAAUUGGUUCGAGAAGCUGGAAGCCAUAGCCAAGUUAAGCCAAAUGAGUAAAGUGGAAAAACUAAAUCAUUAUAACAAACUGAAAAACUCCAACGAUUUGAAGGGGCUCAAGAACCUAGGCGAUCACGUCAAUGAACUCCAAAAUUUAGCGAAAGAAAUGGAACAGUUCGGAAAACUGUCGGAAAUUACUCGGUACGAGCAAUGUGUGACGAGUUUGAAGCAGGUUGCGGUUACCGUUGGCAAGAAUGUGGUUACCCGAACAGCAGAACAUGUGGUAAUGAGCAAAAUUGUCACUCCAGCGCUCAGUCACACGAUGUCCGGGAUAAAACCGACGCUUAGAACCCACGUUGACCGGUCCAUUAGGGAGAACAUCGACAGGGAUAGAUUAAAAUUCCACUGCAUGGAGGACGUUCAGGGUAUCAUCAAAGAGAUCCGCGAAACAAUCGAUUUCGGAACGGUGGCGGGUAUUUUCCGGGACACUAUCCUGGCCAUGACUAAGCACUGCAGCAACUGGCGCGUUCAGUUGACUGCUCUAGCGGUAGAUCAGUUCAACUCCUGGCAACAAGUGUACUGUUAUGUCUCAAAGCUUUGCAACGACAUCAACAAAAGAUUCCGCUGCAGCGGCGAACCCAAAAACGGUGACACGGAAAAGCUUCUGGUUCUUCUCACGGAUCAAUUCACGGAAGAACUGUACGCACAAUUCAUUAGCACCACCGUGAAAUCCUGCCGAGAUGUGUAUUCCGUUGGCAAGUCAGCCUACGGCAAUUACAAACAGGAGCGAAAAAGAAUCGAACGGUGCCUGGAGUUGGUUCAAAACUUCCGCGAAGGUGGACUGGCCGGACAGGAGCAAGCGGCAGCUUUGAGUGAUGAACUCAAACGCCCUAUCUACAUCUACGACGCCGAUGGAAACGAAAUCGUAAUCGGAGAACAGUACAAAUGCCUGGGUGACCCGAUUAAGGUACGUUUCUUUCCCCCGGAUGCGGACAAUCCUACCGGUCACUACGUUCCGCUGGGCCAAGACAAGGAUUGGUCGUACGGUGAUGCUACCGGUGGGAACAAUUGCCUGGCCGAAGCUGUCUGCAGCCAAACCGGACAGGACCCGGUGGAGAUGAGGCAACGGACGCUCGACCGAAUAGAAGCCGAUCCGGAAGCGUACGUUGCCCGUCAAGUUCACGACAUUGGCUUGCGCGGAAUCUUUCUGCUAGGGGGCAAAAGACCCUUGUACGGGGAUUGCUAUCCUUCCCACAAGGAUAGAAUUAAAGUAAACGAAGAUUUGAAGGAAGUUCUAGCCUUUUUCCGUAAUGAUCUCAACAAGCAUAAGCAAGAAGCGGACGAUUUCGACAGCAAAACGUUAAAACAACAGUUCAUCCACUUGAAGCACAACAAAUGUGCCCCGGCGUUCGGCGUUGACACCAAAGACGGAAUCAAAACGGAAUGGAUGAUGGGCGUCAUGGAGGUGGAAUUCACCGAUGGAACCAAAUUUAAAGUCAUGACAACAUCUGGGGGCAGCGAGCUUCCUGUCAAAACGGAAGUUCCCCACCCGGCUGAUUUUUCCAAAAACGGAACCGACGGUAUGAAAUCGAUUCCGUACGAAGCGGAGUUUCGUGGUUUCAAGUACGUGAACCCGGGCGAUAUAGGUGGCAAAAAGGUGUACGAUGUGUACAAUCAGGUCGAAACGAACAGCCGAUUUCCCAACGAGGGUGUACGCAACUGUGCCGCCCAAAAGCUGUUCUAUGAGCUGGGAAACCAUAUGAAGAGUAAUCCACAUCUGGAGAUUAAAGGUGACGUUCAGAUGGUUGAAUCGUACUACAAGCCCGGGACGGCUAACUUCACCGCCCCGCAGGUCGUCGUCAUAGACUCCUGUGGAAAGUGUUCAACCGUGCUUCCCGCCGCAACUGGGUCGGAGUAUAAGGGCGAUACCCUUUGAAAUCAAAUUCAAAGAUUUAAGCUACUAUUUUUAUACAAACAUACAUUUAUACAAGUAUU